UGCACAAAGACCUUCGCAAAGAAUCGCUCCUACAACCUCAAGACUCACUUGCGCUCCCACUCGCAGCUCAAGCCCUUUGCUUGUUCAAGCUGCCCUCGGGCCUUUUCCCGCAAGCACGAUCUGGAGCGCCACGCCCGUGUGCACUCGGGGGAUAAGCCGUACAUCUGUGAAGUCUGCGGGCGCGGAUUCCCCAGAUCGGAUGCGCUCAGGCGACACUGGAGA